GGUGUGAGGACAAGAAGAGAAGGAGGGAUUUUGAGUGAUCGGAAAAGAAGGGUUCUGAUUGACAGAGAGGGAGGGCAGAAAAAGGUAAGGGGAGGUUUUACAAAGAGAUGGAAAGAGAGGACAAGGGAGUAAAGCAAAGCAUGUUGGCAGUGUUGGCUCCGUAACUCACUGUGAGCGGGGACGGGAGGGAGAGCAAAAGAGAGACUGAGAGUCACACAUUCACACACUCUCUCAAUCACUCUCAUACACACACACAUAAACUGUUACAUUCUCACACAGAUUCAGAGGUGCCUUGCUGAAGAGACUCUGUUACGCACGCCUGCAGGGGUGAGAAUACAGAGAAUACUGGACUAAAACAGAAUAACGGAGCACUGGGACAGACCCGACAGCACCUAGGGACUUUCUUCAAACGGUACCUUUACAACAUGUGAAGCCGGACGAACAGAUAUGUGCACCAUCUAUCCUUAACAUUCCUUCAUUUCAUCCCUCCAUCUGUGCCUCCCUUCCUCCCCCUCUCCUCUCAAGUGGUGUGAAGGACACGGAGCUACGAGUUCCUCAGUGCUUUCUGCCUGGUUGCCUUACGGGAGUCUGGGGGAGGCUUGGUGCUCCCCUUCGCUCUCCUGUGCUCUCACUCGUUCAUGAAUGUCACCUCUAUCUGCGGAAGCCCUUGGAAUUUACAAACACUCUCUCGGGAGCUUGGGGAAGGAAGGCAAAGGAGAAUGUCAGAAGGGCUGAGGAGGGAGAGAACUUCCGAUUCCUUUCAUCCUUAUCCAUCUGAUCAUCCACAGACAUGAGUUCCAGGGUUGACAACACCAGUUUUUGAUUUUUACUUAGUGUGUCUGUCUGUCUUUGUUUUUUUGUUUUUGUUGUUGUUGUUUUUUUGCAGUCAUAAUGUCAUAAAUGCGAUUCUUCGGAAUCAGGUAAUGGAGUUUCACUAAGAUUGUCUCAGGAUAUUGAUCCUUUUCUCAGUAGGAUCUGUAUUUUAGUUUGUUUUAUGCAUCCAUCGAUCUUCUCGGUUUUACGAGGAUAGCAAUGAUAUGUGGAAUCGUACAGAUAAAACAACUGGGCAAUUUACACCUUUUUUUUGAACUGUGACAUUUCUGAAGAUCAAUCCCACACUAAACUGUGAAAGGGAAGUGAGAGACCAGGGCUUCUUGGAGCUCGGAGCUUCAGGGAUUAGAGUCGAACAGAGGGUAUAGUGGUGCUGUGAUGGCUCACUUAUCUUCCAGAAUUCCAGUACGGCUCCAUGGAUCAUCUGGUGCCACUUGUCCAGUCUGUAAGCUGUGCAACGAGACCUGAAAUACAACAAACAAUCCCAAUAACGACAGCUGCUAUUCAUCAGAAUCACAACACCAGGAACUCUGCAUCCCAGGGACUCUGCAUCCAAAGAAACAAAUAAAGUUUAUUGUGAACUUCAAAAGUGUUUUGCCCCACCCCCUUUACCCAUCUAAAACCAAGCCCCUUUUUGUUCUCUAUCAAGUUGUGACACAUUAUCCCCUUGGUUAUUGUGGGAGACCCCGCUGUACUCUGAACAUCUACAGACUCCUGCUCCUGUCCUCCGUGGCCCUGGGUGAUCGGACAGGUGGGCAGCCCACUGACGCCCUCUGCGCCCUACGGGUGAGCGGGGCACAGCAAAAUGGCUGCCCUUGCCAGCUCGCUGAUCCGGCAGCGAAGGGAAGUCAAGGACCCCCAGGCCAACAGGCAGAUUUCCACCAAACGCAAGCCUUGCCCCAAGAGCAACAAGUCGCUCUGCCAGAAACAGAUCCUAAUCCUCAUCUCCAAAGUCCGGCUUUGUGGCAGUCGAGGACGAAAACUAGUAAAAAGACCAGUUUUUCUUGAAGAAGUUAUGGAGUAUUGUGAGCCUCAGCUGAAAGGUAUUGUCACACGUCUGUAUUGUCGGCAUGGCUUCUACCUGCAGAUGUUACCCGAUGGCACCUUGGACGGUACAAAGGACGAAAACAGCUCCUUUUUACUGUUCAACUUGAUUCCUGUGGGUCUGAGGAUAGUCGCCAUCCAAAGCACCAAGACAGGACUCUACAUAGGCAUGAAUAGCGAGGGUUACCUCUACACAUCAGAACAUUUCACGCCAGAGUGCAAGUUUAAGGAGUGUGUGUUUGAGAACUAUUAUGUGACAUACUCCUCGAUCUUGUACCGUCAAUCACAGUCGGGUCGAGCCUGGUACAUUGGCAUUAACCGGGAUGGACAGGUCAUGAAAGGAAAUCGGGUCAAAAAGACUAAAGGAGCAGCCCACUUUCUGCCCAAGCUUAUAGAGGUUGCCAUGUACAGGGAACCAUCACUACAUGACAUUGCUGAGCAAAGCCCGCCUAGAAAAACGGCCAAAACGUCAGACUCCCCCGUCCAUAAAAACGGCAAGAAUGACCAACUGCUUCCUGUCCCCACAGCCUCCUAGCGGCAGUAGAAGAAACACUUUGUUUGCACGGACAUGCCAUGAACGCCAACAGUGGCACAGAAGGUUUGGUACAAAUAAUGUUUGUAGUCCCUCCACCGACACUCAGAACUUUGAUAUUUCCAACAAUGCAUCAGGGCUCAAAAGACCCUUGCAGACAAGUCUAAUGCCCACCGCACUUCCUUUUGGUCUCUCCUGCUCCUUAAUCAAAGGAAUACUGAGCAAUAAUAAGCGCGCUGGUCUGGGGUCAGAGUGUCGCUUUUGUGAGAACAGCAGCACCUAAUAGAAAGGAUCUUUGUCUUCCUCUCCUUUUUUAGUAUUUCAAGAAGAAUCACUUUUUCUUGUGAAGCAAUUCGUGCUUGACAUUGAAAUCCUCCAUUUCCUUUGUUGAAGCAUUCAUAGAUUUUUUUUUUUUUUCUUUUUUUUUUAUAGAGAUCCCCCAUCAUCUCUAAGCCUCGUUUGUAAUCUCCUCUCCCUUCUCUACCUCUUCUGCACUUUGAUUAGCUUGAGACACGGAGGCCAUUUUCCACUUCACAACACAGGAAAAGCCCCACACACUCUUCCGGGGACCAUUAAGGAUGCCACCACAUGCACACACACACACGCACACAAACUACAUAACUAAAUAAAUAAAACUUACCCUCCUCUUAGGAUGAGGAUGUUUAGAGUCAUUCAGCCUUAGGCAUUGCAAACCUUUUUCUGCUCAUCGGCUCCUGCGCUGAUGAGUCUGCGGAGGCUGGACAUGUGAGUGUGUGUGUGUGCGCGUUGAACAGUAAUACAAUAUCAUUUGUAAGAUGUCUCAUAACAGAGGGAGUAGGGUGGCAUAAUUGUUUCUUUUUGUUAUGAUAAGUCGUUGCUUUUCUCAUUGCAAUAUGCCCAGAGAGCAAUAUCGGUACAGCUGCACUCUUUCUUCUCUCUUUUUAGCAUGUGUGUUGCUUUAAAACAAGGUUUUUCAAAGUAGAUAUGCUGACUACUGAGGCUGCAAGUUUCCUUAAGUUCAUGUCCUUACAUUCAAUUUUAUUCAAUUACAUUUGCCUUAGAGCAAACAUACUUUACCCAGCCAAAUAAAACAACACAAGUGCUGAAAAGGUCCAAUUCUGCUUUAUUUUCUUUUGAUAAAAUUGGGGAAAUUGGACCCAAAAGGAAUCAUUUUGGGAACCCUUGCACAGAGUCCAAACAGACCUGUAACUUCUGACCUUCAGCUUUAUUUGAGGUGAGAAUAUCAGGAUGUAAAUGGAAUUGUGUUUUAAAUGCUUUGAGGUACCUGGUGACACAUCGCACUUCUGCCUUUGCAGUUAUAUUUCUGAUAAGAUUUUCAUGCAUAUCACCUACAUGAUGGAAAUAUGAUUUAUUAAUACACUACCGCUCAAAUAUUUGGGGUUGGUAAGAUUUUUUUAUGUUCUUGAAAGAAGUCUACUCUGCUCACCAAUGCAUUCAUUUAAUGAAGUAUACAGUAUAGUGUACAGUAAUAUACUUCAAUUUCAAAAACUUGUUUUCUAUUUAAAUACAUUUUAAAAUAUAAAUUAUUCCUGUAAUUGCAUCCAUUACUCCAGUCUUCACUGUUUCAUCCAGUCACAUGAUCCUUUCAGAAAUCAUUCUAAUAUGUGCAUUUGGUGUAUAAAAACAAACAAACAAAACAUUAUAAGCAUUAUUGUCAAUGUUGAAAAAAGCUGUGCUGCUUGAUAUUUUGCUGCUUAAUAUCUAGAGUCUUUGAUUAAUGGAAAAUUCUAAAGAAUAGUAUUUUUCUAGUAGUGUUUUUUAGUAUAUAGUACUACAUUUUUUAAUAGUAUUUUUUGGGGGGAUAACAGUAUAAAGAUCUUAAUUGUCACUUUUAAUUAGUUUUAAUGCUUCCUUAUUGUAUAAAAGUAUUAAUUUCUUUUAAAAUAUAUAUCUUAUUGACCCCAAACUUUUAAAUGGCAAUGUAUAUUGUAUAAUAUAUAUAAUAUAAUUUUGGAGGCAGAAAAUGUUCCCCAUUUAAAAGCAUAAUUAUUAGGGUCCCUAAGAGAGUAGAGAGUAUUUUAGCUGGCUUAUGAUUUUUAGUCUAAUGUUUUUUUGGCUCUAUUAUUAGUUAUAUCAGAGCACAGAUCCCUUGCUGGUUAUAUCUUCACUGUGAUUUCAAGUGCAAAGCUUAAACAAAAUGCAAAAAAUCUAACUUUUCUCUUGCUGAGUUGAAUAAUUUAUCAUACCGUGCACCUGGUGUUGAGGAAAUUAUGUCUGUGAUAAUUAUAGAUUCAGUCCCCUGCAGCAAUGGAUUACUGGGAGAAAAAAAAGGUAUUAAGACCAAAACGGAAAUAACUAAAGAAAUUUUAGACUUUUGGAAUAUUUACUAAAUUCUUCCACAUUUAUAUCAAGCUGUCAGUCUUUCCCAGAUUACAGUUUCCCUACUGCGAAUCACAGCAGCACCUGCAGGUAUUUCACAAUCCCCCAUUACAGAAGUUGGUGUUUACGGAUAACGUCUCGAGCAGAUUGUUUUUCAGAAGGACUGAAUCAAAAUGCUCUGCAUCUCAUAGCUUCCGGGUACACAUUAAUAAGACUACAUCUUGAUUUUUCCUCAUAAACUAUAAUUUGUUUUGUAGUUUUGCAAGCAGCAAUGUUCUUCUCAGACUAUAGCUUUUCUUAAGUCUUGCAUUGUCCACAGCUCAUUUAAGUUUAAGUUUCAAUAUUACCUGAAGGGCUAAUUACUUAAGGUUAGCAGGUCCAUGUAAUGCUGUAAUCACAGAUAAGCAAAAAAAGGGGACAAAAUUUUGCCACAUUGAAACAAAAUCCAGUAGCCCAGACUGCAAAGGUUACAUAAAUGAUAAAGGAUAUCAAGUCACAACUGCACUUUGAUUAGCAUCCCAUGGUUUAUUCAUUCAGUUUAAUCUCAAUUAGACCAUGAAAUUGAUAGUUACUUUAAAAUGUAUCACUUCUUGUAGCCUUUCAAACUUUGAAAUGUCACAAUAGGACUUGUGCUAACGUACUGACUCAAUAAAAAGGCUCUUGUAUUUGAAAGGGCUUUCUAAUCCAAUACAUGAGUAUAAAAUGAGAUAUUAGUACUGCUCUUUACUUCAAAUAUGUCUAAUUGACACUUAACUUAUGAUGGUAACAUCAUAAGGGUUUGCUCUGGGUCAGUUUGAGUUGAUUGUGAAUGUGUUUACAACAUUAUGUUAGAGGAAAGAAAAUAAAGUUAGUCUUUUUCUUUGCUUUGAUAUAUUUGGCGCGCACACAAGGGCCAGAUCAGGUGGUUUCACAAUUACUUUAAUGAAACCACUCUCUGUGCGCAGCUAAGUGCUUCUCUCUCAAUUUCACUGCUAUUUUUCAGUCAUAAACAAAGAGGCCAGAAGAUGAAAGCUAAGGGCUAAUGCUUUUCAAAAGAGCCAAGCCAUUAAAACACUGUACGUGUAUACAAAGAUAGAGAUGACCUUGUAAACUGCAGUUUUCUAAAUUUGCUAAACUGACAUUUUUGUGCAUCAUAUUAAUUAGUUUCUUCGUGUUUAUUUUUUACUUUGAAUGUCCUGUUCAUGAUGUCAGUGUUUGUGUUGUCCGUAACUUUUGCAUAUGUCUUUCACUGCAUUCAAUAGUGAAUCUGUCUGUUUAUUGUAAUUUGAAGAAUCAUACAGGAACUUCAGCUGUUGAGUAUUUGGAGCACAGGGUCAUAAAGACAAGUGACUUACAGUGAUUAUGUUACACAUUUUACACAUGAAUUUUUUUUUACUAAAGCAGUAAUAUUAACAAUGCAAUUGCAAAGCUAUCUCCAAAUGAUAGUAUGCAUUGGUCUUCGGUAUUAGUGCUUAAGUAAAUGAUUUAAUGUAACAUCCACACUGUGAUGCCCCCCACCUCUUCCCAAUAAAAGAGAGUCUUCCAUGUUC